GCUCAGAAGUAACGAGAUUAAAGAAAAGAGGAUGAGGAGUCAGAAAGUUCCUGGAGGUAUUAAGCAACAGCUGCCGCACUUCCUAUUUGAGAGGGAGCGGAGCGAACUCUUCUCCAGGAUGUAUCGUUCCAAAUUUUGGAAAUACUUCACAUGUGGCCUUCUCAGACAUCAAACUAAAGGAAAAUGCACAUAAAGUCUCAGAAGGUUUUCCAGGGGAUGAGAAGCAGCGCAGUGCUGGUGGGCUGGUUGGGAGUUGCCCUCACUCUGGUCUCCUAUACCUCUGGAUUCUCACAUGGAGCCAACCCCUCCGCCUGUACUGAUAUGAAGCCGAGGCACAUCCGAGCUCAGCCUCACAACCCACACAACAACCACAUCACGCUCCACACCGACAGAGCCUCCUACCUGCCAGGAGACUGGGUGCCCGUGGUGGUGAGGAGCAGUCGAAACUUCAUGGGGUUCCUGAUUCAAGCGCGCCGUGUCACUGAUGAUCACAUCACAGGCUCCUUUGUUGUCGCUCCACCUGGCUCCAAGCUGCUGAGCUGCCUGGAGGAGGGAGACACUGUGACCCACUCUGACAAGUCCCUGAAGAGAAACCUCUCCUUUGUAUGGAGGGCACCCGAUCAUCCCUCUGGAGACAUACGUUUCUUUAUAACAGUGGUGCAGUCGUACUUCAUUUACUGGGCACGGAUUGAGUCUCCUAUUGUGCAUGAUCAAACGCACAGAAACUUUACCUCUGCAGACACCACAGAAGGAGACAUAACCCAGACAGACCCCACAACAACCACAGCUUUUGCUGUGACACACAAAGAAGUUCAAUACCUCACACCUAGACCGAUAUUAAACAAACAUCCAACCCAAGACGUAGGAAAAAAGGAAACUGGAAAAUUCACCUCGGGAGCUCCUUUGAUUGGCCAGAGAGAUGCCCCUGGUCUUCUCAACAACAGAACCCAGGAACCUUCAGUGAUUCCAGGGAAAGAGGAGAACUCCUCUCAAACACAACUAGCAGAAGAGCUUCCUGAACACCAGACACAGGAAAGAACAGAAAGCCAUAGUGCAAACGGUGUGAUUCAGCCAUGCAGGAACUGUGGUGAAGAUGGACACGCUAGCACCAUGAGUUCCAGUGUUGAAGAUUCCUUGUCAGCUGCCACACCUCCACCUACUACACACUCAUCUCCAGUCCAGGAAGAUCUUAACCAGCAGGGCAUCUCAAUGGUGGCUGGCAAACCCUCCCCAGCGCCGAGGCAAUCCGGCACUGAUGUAGUGACACACAGGUUGUUGGCACACUUCCUUCAGCAGACAGAGAAGUGGGGGUCCAGGGAGCAGAAGGGUGUCGUAGCCAGAAACGCGAGUGCAGGAGGCGAAACGGGCCCUGCUGGGAAGAACGGGGCUCCAGGCCAGGGAGGGAAAGGCCCUAGGAAUGGACCCCAACUUGAUGCCGCUGAACUGGGCAUUCUCCUAGGCUGCUCGGCUGCCUUGGGCAUGGCCCUGGCAGCUGGCUUGAGAUACCUUCAUGCUCAGCACUGCCACAAGCGAACUGAGGUGUCCUUCAGCGAACAGGGCAGCAACAUUAUCCACGUCCAAGAGAGUGGAGAACUGGUGCAAGUACGCAAGAUACGUGAAAACAGCUUUGUCCUGGUCCAGGCUGAAUACAAUGUGAUCACCCCUCCUGGGAAGUGACACUAUUUGGGGACCUCCAGAACAAAUAAUGUAUAAAUGCAGUUUCUUAUUAGUGCAUAGAUUAACCUUGACCAUUUGGCUGUCUUUUGUCAAAAGAAAUUUGUUGAAACUCCAAAUGUAUUCUUUAUUAAAUCUAAUAUUUACUAGUGGCCUACAUGUUUAUUUACUUGCC